AUGAAAGAUCUACCAGAUGGACGUGAAGUCUACAUUCCUGAAUGGCUACCUAGAAUAAGAAGUCUAUAUCAGCAAGCACCCAGGGCGUGGAUUGCCAAAAUCGAUGCAUACUUCCAGAAGAACGAAUUCCAGCAGAGUCCGUAUGAGCACUCUCUUUAUACCAAGAAGAAGGAUGGAGACAUUAUGAUCAUAUGUCUCUACAUGGAUGACAUGAUCUUCACCAGCAACAAUCCAAAAAUGUUCGAGGAGUUCAAGAAGAACAUGAUCAAGGAGUUCAAGAUGACUGACAUUGGAAAAAUGUCAUAUUUUCUUGGAGUAAAAGUAUCGCAAUCUAAGAGAGGAAUCUUCAUCUCUCAGAAAAAGUACGCAAAGGAGAUCCUUUGGAAGUUCAACAUGAGCAACUGCAAACCAAUUGCAACUCCUGUCAAAGUCAGAAGCUUAGUCGGAAGCCUACGGUACCUGACCAUCACAAGACCCGACAAAAUAUUUGCGGUUGGACUGGUGAGCAGAAUCGUGGAGGAGCCAAGGCAAGAACACUUCAAGGUGGCCAAGAGGAUUCUCAUGUAUGUUCAAGGAAGCAUUAAUGAAGGAUUGUUUUACUCACAAAGUGUAUAUCAAAGACUAGUUGGUUACACCAACAAUGACUAUGGGGGAGACUUGGAUAAAAGAAAGAGUACAUCCGGCUACAUGUUCAGCAUUGGAUCAGCAGCCUUUUCUUGGUCAUCAAAGAAACAGUCCGUUGUUGCUCUAUCAAGUUGUGAAGUAGAAUACAUUGCUGCAUCUGCAGGUGCAUGCCAAGCGAUAUGGCUUAGAAAUCUAAUGAAGGAGUUGCAACAUGAACAAGAAGCACCAAUAGAGAUUCUCAUAGACAACAAGUCAACUAUUACGCUUUCCAAGAACCCACUAGCACAUGGAAGAAGUAAGCACAUAGAGACAAGGUUCCACUUCAUCCGACAUCAAGUCACAAAGAAGAUUGUGAAGAUGAUAUAUUGCAAGUCUGAAGACUAA